AUGGAAGUACAUGUCCUCAAAGAUGGAAUGCAGGUGGGAGGAGGCGAAAUCAGGCAAAACUCCAAUAUCAAGUCGUUUUCAGGUCCAGAUUUGUGGCCAGCAGUGGCCCAAGCACUGGGUGCAGAACAUUUGGCAAAGAAUGCUUGAAUCUCCAAGGAUGGAUUAAGAACUCCGGUAGUGACCAUGCUAGUUGGAGAGGACAGCUGGGUGACACAAGUACACAACAAUAUCAGGGAUGAGUUUGAUGUGACCAGGUGCAUGUUCUCUGCUGGCAACAUCACAGAGAAGCUCAGGGUUGCCUCAUUCAACUGCAGUGGGGAGACUGUGGUGGAUUUAUAUGCAGGUAUUGGCUACUUAACUAUCCCAUUCUUGGUGCAUGCGGGGGCCAGCCAUGUUCAUGCUUGUGAGUGGAACCCAGAUGCCGUAGAAGCCCUGCAAAGAAACUUGGAGUUAAAUGGAGUGUGGCAUCACUGCACCGACCACAAAGACAACCGGCAACUCACAUUGUGUAACCUGGCUGACCGGGUGAAUUUGGCCAGCUCUGCGGGUGGCUGGCCUGUUGCCUGUCGACUACUGAGGAAAAGGACCGGUGGCAUGUUGCAAAUUCACCAGAAUGUUACCGCACCACUUCAUAUUACAGACUGUGACACUUCCUCUGUUCCUGUCAUGGAGAGAGUGGACAUUUCUGUAGGAGACCAAGAAGAGGUGUCUCCUAAGGGGAGUGACAGAGAAGUUUGGGGUGCCUGGACAAAGGACACAGCCAUCCACGUUGCCUCUCUACUGCAGGACAUCACCUGGACUGGCGUCCAGCACAUUGAGCAUGUCAAGUCAUACGCACCUCACAUUCACCAUGUAGUACUAUUCUUAGAAUGCAGGCCACUCUGAGGAGACAAAAGACAGGACUGUAGCAUGACUCUUAUUUGUGUAGUCGUACCAGUGGCGCACUGGGACCAAAAAUCGCCCCUUUCUAACACACCGGCCCAUUUUUUUCACCUUGAGGCCCCCAUUAUUAGCAAGAUAAUGAGAAUUUUGCGCUAAAACCCCAAAUUAGACAGGCCCACUAGGCUAAAAAUGGACCAGUCCAUCUGGCGUACUCUGCCAUUUGUGGCUAUUAAUAAAUUGUUGCACACUAAUUUAAAUGAAUCAGAAUGGAGUUUUCUUUAAUGAAAAACAUAGUUUAUAGGUUUAUACAAUGUGAAAAUUAAACUGUUGUUUACCGGUUGUUGUACAACUGAUUUUACAAAUGUUUAUACAUGCAAUGACUGGCUGCUUUGUGUGAUGUACACUGCUCAAAAAAAUAAAGGGAACACUUAAACAACACAAUGUAACUCCCACGUCAAUCACACUUCUACGAAAUCAAACUGUCCACUUAGGAUGCAACACUGAUGACAAUAAAUUUCACAUGCUGUUGUGCAAAUGGAAUAGACAACAGGUGGAAAUUAUAGGCAAUUAGCAAGACACCCCCAAUAAAGGAGUGAUUCUGCAGGUGGGGACCACAGACCACUUCUCAGUUCCUAUGCUUCCUGGCUGAUGUUUUGGUCACUUUUGAAUGCUGGCAGUGCUUUCACUCUAGUGGUAGCAUGAGAUGGAGUCUACAACCCACACAAGUGGCUCAGGUAGUGCAGCUCAUCCAGGAUGGCACAUCAAUGUGAGCUGUGGCAAGAAGGUUUGCUGUGUCUGUCAGCGUAGUGUCCAGAGCAUGGUGG